UAAGAACCCUGUAUUAAUGUUUUGCUUGACAACAUCUGUUGACGCUGUAUAUCACACGAUUAAUCCUUAUAUGUUCAACAUCAUAAGCUACCACAAAGAGUCAUGAAAAAACUGAAGAGGCUACCAGUUUCUAAGCUGUAUCAGCUGGUGUUUUAUCUCUUCUGCCCUCUCCUCAGUCCAUCCAUCUCUCUCUCUCUGGCCAUGCAGGCAGGCACAGACUGUUCUAAUGUUAGUCCUACUUACUGAUGUGACCCACACUCAUACACACUCUGGACUUUUCAAGCUGUGAGCUGCCAGUUCCUCUUGUUUCUUUCAUUUUCUGUUGAUUCGCUCACUCUGUCUUGAGAGGAGUAAUCAUGAGGACCCCUACGAGGACUGCUGGAAGUUUUGCAACAACUACAGCAAUUCCAAGUGAAUUCAAUAAAUUUCCUGGUGCAUUUAUCAUGAUGGAGAAGGAAGGCAUUCAUUUGGUGUAGACCAGUGGAUGUUCCUCCAAAGGUUUGCUCAGGAACCAUUACAGCAGGGUUUGGUGGACAAUGCGGUCCAGCAUGAACAUUAUAGUUUCCUCAGGUGUCUUGAUGACUCUUCUGAGCUCUUGUGGAACAUCUACAAGUUGUCCAUCAGGCUGUUCCUGCAAUGUAAAUCACACAGACUGCAGUGACCUUAACCAACUGGCUUCCUUGGACUCUAUCCUGGACCAGCUUCCCUUUGACACAAGCUACCUCAACCUCUCAAAUAACAACUUCACCACUGUGGAACCUGGGAGGUUUUCCCAUUUUUGUGGCUUGCUACAUCUAGACCUCUCCAGAAACCUUCUCUCCAGCAUCAACCUUGGGUGUUUUUCCAAUCUCAGCACCCUGCUUCAUCUCAACCUCUCCAGAAACCUUCUCUCCAGUGUCUUCCCUUCAAGCUUCUCACACUUGAACAACCUGGAGGUCCUGGAUCUCUCUGAAAACCUCCUUGUGAGGCUCCCCGUUAACUUGUUCUCUGACCUCGGCAGCCUAACAGAACUGGUUCUAAGAGACAACAUUCUUAAGGAACUGAAUCCAGAUCAGUUCAAAGGCCUGACUGAGCUUAGGCGUCUAGAUCUUUCCUUUAACAGUCUCAGCUCCAUGCCCACACACCUGCUGGAUGGGCUCCAGAAUCUAGUGUGGCUCUCACUUAUGGGCAACAAGCUGAGAACUCUGCAGCGGACUUCACUUGAGCCAGCGACCGCUCUACAGCAACUUCUGCUUGAUGGAAACCCAUGGAAUUGUAACUGCAAUUUAAUUCCCCUCAAGCAUUGGCUGGAAUGGAUUGUAUACACAGGUGGCAGCAUAGAUUCCGCCAACUGCUCCUUUCCUGCUAAUUUGCAUGGUAAGGAUCUACGCAGUAUCCCUAUGGAGAUGUUCAGACACUGUUACCCCCUCUAUCUGGAGACCAGGGACCCAUCUGCAGCCAAGGGCCACCAGGUACCAGCCGGGUCGGCCGGAGAUUGCAUGCGCCAGCGCUACCGGCUUGUGAGUGUGCGUCGAGCGACUGCCACGGUGGUGGUAGCUGGGGUGGUGUGUGGCGUGGUGUGUGUGAUGAUGGUGGUAACGGCCACCUACGGCUGCAUAUACGCAAUGCUGAUGGCUCACGAACAGCAGCAGCUGACAGAGAGAAACAGCCAGCAGCAACAGCCGCUGAUGGUGGCAAAGGAACCAGAACAGGAUGAAAAGGAGGAUCUGAUGCCGACUAUCGGAAAGGGAGGAGAAGCCACAGAGUGCGUAGUGUGGAUGGCAUUUCCUCCAGAAGUGUGUGUUUAAAGCACAUGAGGAACCUAUCAGAAGCUAUAGUUUAUCAUUGA